UCGACGAUCCCCGGGAUUCAAACCGUGCGUUUCGGAUUCCAGGUGAGAAGCAGACGCACGCUGUACCGCUGUCAAGUACCCCAGGAGAGGUACCCCAGGAGGACCUGUGUUGGGUUUUCGUGGAUGCACAUUCCAUGUUCUGCUAUCUGCCACGUGAUAGACGACGCCAUUGGGUGGAACCGUUAGGGUGAUGAGCUUUGAAGGUCAUCGGACGCUUACCGAGGCCAACCAGACUCGUCGUAGCGCCCAACUACCUGGCCGCUCUUGAUGUGGGCGGCCGAGAACUACGCGCCGGGACUGAUUGCCAUCAGCGAAAGUGCAGGUGACGACCCGCUGCAGAGCCGACGACCGAAAUGGAGACGCCUCUGCCGAUACCUGGGCGCCUUGGCCAUUCUCUCGAUCAUCGGCGUCGGCCUGUGCGUCGUCAUCGCUUUGACAGUCGCUCAGCCCGUUGGCUACGCCUCAUGGGAGUACCUGCUUAUUUCUAGCCCUAUCGUCAUCCCCGGACUGUUAUCACUGUACCUCUGCACUCGCCACUGCUGUGGCCUUAUCCUUAACUUUGUCUUCGCCUUCCUUGCUCUUCUUGUCGGGGGUGUCCUCAUCGCAACAGGAACGCUAAAUGCCAUAGGAAUAAUGCUGAUGAUUGUCGGCGGUCUUAUUCUGACCGUCAUUCUCUCUUCCCUCGUCUACAAUCGUUGCACCGGCGGUGAAGAAGAUGAAGAAGGCGAGCUCGGCUCACGACAAAGGAGCUUCAGGAGGCGAGCUGGAGACCUACUCUUCGGUGACGACGUUUCACAAAGAGCUUACCCCAACUGCGCACCACUUAGACGCAGCUUCAGAUUAGGAUCUCAAAAGAAGAAGCUUCCUGAACCGGAAGUGCAGUUCAUCGUGCCCGAGCUGCCGCCUCCGUCUUCGGGCCUGCACUCCAGAAGGGACAGUCCUGAGCUGAACCGGGGGACGUUGGGCCUCCAAGAGUUCGCAACGCUUGAUGGUCAUCCGCGCAGCCAUCAGGGCAUGAGCGUUGCCAGUACCACCGAAACCAACAGCCCGUCCGCCGCAUCCAGAACUUUUGUCGCCACUGGAAGCUCGUGACGUGUGCGUCUGGAACCGGAGGAAAUACUACGUUGAAGCUCCCGAUCCUUUGGGGUCGUACUCAUGUUAUGAACGUCCUAGAAACUGCGUUGACAGCUAGACGUCAAUGGUUUGCAUCUAUGACCUGGGGAAACCUACGACCUGGGGCGUUCAGGCGACCAACUAAGACCUGGGGCGUUCAGGCGUCCUACAGCCGCUGAGUAGAGUUGACCAUGCAGAUGCUUGGGGUAUCUAGAAGACAUGAUUCCUAUUAACCACACUUCUGUCGGUCAAAAUGGCUGCGAAAGUUGAUGUAGUGUGGAGAAUAACAACAGUCACGUAACGGUGGAUGAAACGUGCCCCGGGAUCUUGUGCAGGAAGUGCAUCAUAACGGGUUGCUGCAGUGAUGAAAAUAAUUCAUCAUCCCAUAUUGGAUAUAUUUUCUGAAGCCGUAACUUUGAAGUCGCUUGCGAUCUGUAAGAAUGUGUAGGUGUGUAACUUGUCCAUGCAUUUGCUUCAUUAUAUUCUGGUGAACUUCCAUUAGUUUCCAAGGUCCUGGGCCAUCGGAAUUUGACGGCUCUAGCGAUGGCCUAGUUUAACCGAGUUGUAGUCCUAGCAGUGCUAUUUUUACAUUGCACCUGUAUUUGUACACUUAGUGUUUAUAUUGACAGAAGUGCUGUCAACAUGUCCAUGAAUCAACUCUAACAUGUAGUGUACCACCUAAUCCAUGUACCAUUCGAUAUCCCGUGCAGUGUGCGAUCCUUCUUGAAAGUAUCUAAACCUCUUGUACCAUUCUUCGGGCAUUAAUGGAUUGAUGGCCAUAAGCCGGGGGUUCUGAUCGCAUAUGUGACUACAGUGGCGUGGAAUUCGAGAGAUCGAAGUUCUCCACGUGGUGCAACAAGCAAUACAGUUGCAUGACAUGACCUGUCUCUCCUUUUGGGUGAAGUUUACAUGAAAGAUGUGUAAGAUAUUAAUGGCUACGUGAGCGACACGUGAUUGACACCUGGUUAGUACUGAUGUUCAAGUGAUAACCUCUAUCCCGCCUCAGGUGUUUGUAUUUGGAGACUUUAUAACUGACUGUACAGAGUGUUGGUCGCAAUCAAGGGCGGCCACUCCCAUCGUACGUUUGUACGUCGUCGUGAACCGCUGUAUUCUUGCUGCGCCCACGGGGAUUCCUGGAGCUAGUCCUCGGAGCCUAGCUAAACGCUCCUUCGAAUCCUUCGAAAGGUCCUAUCUGAUUCUCGAAGCGCACCAUAACGCAUCACCUCCCUUGCUGUUCCCUCCGACCAAAAGGCCACUGGACUACCUUCAAGCAUCCUUGCAGGGCAUCCCUGAGGGAGGAGCGGGCACACGGCGGUAUGAAUACUUACAACGUCACUUGUGGUAUAAGUAGAGGUGUUCGAGCUACACACCAAUCGGUGUUGCGAUGAACUGUCACGAAAAGUUGCACAGACAUUGUUUAGAGUACGCGUAGUGCGAUUCUUUUGUGACAGAAGAAGGCAGCGUCUUCAAUGCUAACGUGCAUUUUGGAUAGUUCGCUGGCACUUUUGGAGUCAAUGACAGAACGGGGAACACUGUUAGCGGCUUAUGGAAAGAAGAGAAAAUGAGCAACUAACUGAAGGAUAUGAACAAAGGCGACGUUUAUAAAUAUCUCUAAUAUUAAUAUAUUAUUUAUAAUCGACAACGGCUUCGAGCUUUAAUUACGUGCAUUCAACGGUUUAUAGGUGACCCCAGUAGUAAUAGCAGAGACUCCAGAACUUCGCAGCGUUAGGGCAUAAGAUUGCCAUGCUAGUUCCAAAGGAGAACAUGGCACUACUCAAUAAAGUAUCUCGAUGUACGAGAGUUGACUAUUUAUUUCUUCACUCGAAGGCUCUGUAUAACUUAUCAGCAUGUGGAACAAGAUACUUCUUGCUGUUCGCAGAAAUAGUCCAGCGUCUUCACCUAUGAAACGCACGCGUGUUUUGCUGUUGACAAGAUUAUGCCUUUUCCUCAUAGGCUGUGUUGAUGUUACCCCCCGUGCCCGUUGUUCAGAUGCUGCACAUAAUAUUAAAUGACGACUUUUCUUCGUAUAAAUCCGACGCGUUCGCAAAGUUCAGUUAUCUGAUUUCAAUUUCAUCACCCGGCACAAAGGUGGAACGGUCUCUAAGAACGAGAAAGAACAUUAUACAUUGUCGUACAACAUAUUGUCGUACAUUAUACGUAUAUAUAAUGCACGACAUACUUCGCAAAAUCUAGCGAGAAUGCUUCCGGAAUGUGAGCUUUGUUGUACGAUGAAAAUGGAGUCGUAAAAGUUACCCAAUAUUUUCUCUCUCGAGACGCGUACUUAUACUGUUCAUCUGGAAGAUUGGAGUGCCCUUCUCCGACAGUUCGAGAUGUAAUGGGAGUUUUGUGCCAUCAAUGUCGUCGCAUUAAACCAUUUUACCGAGAUUCUGCGUCGUCACGCCGUUAAAGUUGGUUACGGUGUCCCCCUUGUUGUCAUCGCAUAUGAAACCAUACGGUUCGUGGGAUAGCUCUUGCAGACGUUUCAAAUUGUAGUGGGCAUAUGGAAGCAAUGUGGAACUUAGUUUAGAAGUCAAACUAAGACUGUGGUCAUCCGCUAUACCUUUUAGUGUUUGAAAUUGAGUGGUUAGUUUACUUUAUUUUCUUAUUAUGUAUCUACCUUCCUUUAUAUUCGCAGACGUCAAGGUCUUGCAAUUACUGGUAUAUUAUCUGGCGUUCGAAAAGAAGUAUUCGUAGGAGAGCGCACCGAAACCUAUGCGAAAGUGAAGGAGCAGGUAAUUCUAAUUGUAAUCAGGCAAGAAGGGAAAAUGGCAAUGAGGUAAUGGUAUAUUUAGAAGGAUAGGCGUGUGGAUAUCUCGACAAAUGGUUUGGCGGGGUGUGUCAAGAAAAUUUUGAUGCCGUUGAUGACGGUUGGAAAUCUGCUUAUUUAGAACACUUUUCAUUAAAUUAGAAUUUGUCUACCUACUUCCUAGAACGUCAUUAAUUUUAUCCGAUAUAAUUAUGUUCGUAUUUUUUCUACCCACUCUCGAUCCCUGUCAUGACGUGAGGUCAGCAUGUACAAAGCUUUUGUCCGUCGUGAGUUUUCAUAGUAUGGAAUGUACAGCUUAAUGACGAUACAGCAAUCUCAGGGGCCAAAAAUACUGUGUUCGUGAAGAAUACGUACCCGACGUUUUCGGAACGCAAUCUGGUCAUGAUGUGUAUGGUGACAGUAACUCUUCGCGAUUGUUGACGUGUGUUCUUGCACUAUAAUACGCCUAUCCUCGCACAGCAUGUCCCGUGGCUCUACAACAAUUUUAUCAACGACACAAAUUCAAAUGAAUUGAGUAAUACCCUUGCCACACGGACUGUCUUCAAUUAUCAUUGAACCAGAGCCGUUUAUUAGGAGAGUUUGGCCUUUGGGUGGAGCCAGUCUCAAAGCGCGCCAUUUGACGUCACACGAUGGGCGGCGCCAAGACCAGUGGCACCAAUUUUAAUCGCUCUAUCGCUUUGAAAUCCCCCAUUUCGCCAUUUUGGAGCAGAGGCACUGUCUCGAGAUCCCCGCGUGCCGCCGCGGCUCGCCUUUGAUCCCGGUCAAGUGAUCAAGUGGUCAAGAUCUGAUGUCACGGCGGCUCCCCAUCUCCGGGCAGCAAAAGAUCACAGAAUGGCCAAACUCUCCUCAUAAAUGGCUAUGCAUUGACUAUACGGGUAGCGCCACCUGGCGUGCAACGUGUCAACUUCUCAAAGAGCAUUGGAUCCAAUGCUCUUUGAUAAGUUGACACGUUACACGCGAGGUGGCGCCAUACGCGCGUGUCCAAUGGGCAUGGGCUUCAACGAUUAUUGAAACUGCCCGUCAGUCAGGUGUGUAACUAUACUGUGAACCUGUCAAAAGCAUACCUUCUGUCUGCACGCAUGUUAUUGACAUUGUCGUGUUUCAAACCCUGAUCUGACUGUUAACGAAUUUGUGCACGGACUGACGUUGCGACAAAGUGUUGAUAAAACAUGUGUGUAGACUCUGUCUUUUUCCUGUUUCAUCAUUACAUCUGCAUCUGAAUUGCAUUGCAUCUGCGUUUGUGAAGUGUGUUCCGAGACCCAUCUGAGCUAUUUUCCCGCUGUACAGAAAUAUCCUAUGAAACAAGAUGGUAUACGUCCUGCUCUUGUGCAGUGCACUCAGUCACUUGGUGGCGUGUCUUUAGUAACGCGCCUGAAUUAUUGGUUAAUAAAUUUUAAUUUGUA